AUGCGUGCUGCCCGAUCUACGCCAGAGCUUCUGUUGGAGAUGCCUGAUGAGCUGCUGGGCCACGAGUACAGUGGCGGUUGGUUGGUGAGUUCCCCUCGAAACCUGCCGGGUGUUGAGUACGAACUGCACGCCGCAUGCCUGGCCCGUUCACCACUGGAAGCGUU